AUGGAACUUUUCGGAACUUCAUUUUCUGAAGAGCAUCAAAUUAACAGCAUACUGCGUGUUAGUAAAAAAAAAAAUAAUCUUUGGACAACAUCAAUAAAUUUGCAAAAUAAUCAUAGUGAAAAUAACAAUAACAAUGAAAAUAAUGAAAAACAACCAGAUCCAAUGCUUUAUGAACCUGAAAAACUUCCACCUACAGACAAUAUAGCUGUUUGUCAAUUGCACUUACACACCUAUGUAGUAGGUCCAAUGGAUUUUUUUAUAGAUUUUGCAAGACGUGCAGCUCAUGCAUUAAAAAUGUUAUGCUCAGAAAACUUUGAACAUAAAACCCAUAAAAGAUUGUUAGAAGUAAAGGAUGCAAAUAAAGAUGUUGUUAAAAGAUGGCUAUGGUAUUUAGCCUCCUAG